GUCCAGUAUAGACUCGACAGAUAGCAGAGCAGGGAGGAUGCUCUGUACCUACUUAAGUAGGUACGGAGUGCUUGAGAUUUUGACUUAUUGUCAGGGUUAGACCCUAAGACUGGGCCCGUCGACAACCGACAUGGGACUUGGGUUGCUAGUCGAAUAUUUCACUGAAUUCCACCAGCAACUAACUAAUUCAUCAGACCUCCUAAGUUUUGUAUCAUCAAAACCACAAACUCACCUCCUUGAUUUCUCCAAACACAACAUACACCAGACAAAAAUCAUCCUGCCAGGAUGCAGUUCCCCUCUCACCUAGAAGGCCUGGCAAAGGUCGUGCGCGACAACCUAGAAAACUCGCAGGACUGGAAGCACGUCACAUCGCACUCGGAGCCCUCACAGCCCCGGCCCCUGCUCUCCGGCCUGCCCCCUCGCCGCAUGUACGUCCACCCGGACGAGCAGAUCGACAUCAUCAAGGCCGAGAAGGCCCUCGGCACCACCGUCCCGCACCAGGAGCCCGACUACGAGUGGGUCCUGCCCAUCCACAUCUCAGAGAAGCCCACGCUCCGCGCCUUCGCCGCCGUCUUUGACGCCCUCGACGCCCUGCCGCCUGCCACCAGGCUGGCCGAGGCCGACGCUGGGGGAGAUGCCGCGCCCGACUGGAGGAAGUGGAGGGGUGCAUGGCGCGGGAAGAGAGUCCUCCUUGCUACGGUUCACAACGACUCUACUGUAGUCUACUACAUGAUGCACGAUGGCAUUGUGAAGCCGAGACAGAACUAAGGGGCCAGACGGUGGUACUCAUUGGGGCUCGACUUAUUUUAUCGCGUUCACUGCAGACCCUGAAGGGCUUGAGACCUGAGGUCUGAGGCGCUGAGUGGCUACCUCGUGAUGGCAUGAGGUAUCUCGCUCAGGUUUCUUGCCCGGCUCAAGGCCUGAAAAUAACCUUCUGGACCUUCAUCUUGUCGAAGAUGUCAUAGCCUUCUACCGCAUCCGUCAGGGGCAUGAUCUUGUCGAACAUGAAGCUACGAUAAAAGUCAGAAAAGGGUAUCCAAAGCGGCCUGGGCGGCAGCGAGUGCAAGAUGGGCUCAACUCACCUCAGCUUGUCCUGCUUCUUCGCCAGCAGGGCUAGCGCCUCGGGGAACAACGACCUCACCGGGCAACGGCCCAUCUGAAGCCUGACGUUUUUGCUAUUCGGUGUUAGCACGGAGACAGGCAGACCGCAUCGAAUACGCGACUCACUUGUAACCCUCGGUACCACUCCAGGGGAUCUGUCCGAGUCGUCAGCGAAAUCACGUUCUAUGACUUCCUCUAAAUGCAGCUCGACUGGGACUUACCUCGGCGUUGUGCACACCAAUGCUCGAGAUGACGCCCCAGGGCCUCAAAAGAUCGAAGGCCGUCCUCAGCGCCGGGGGCAGCCCAACGACCUCAAUCACAGCAUCCGCGCCCCGCCCCUCGGUGACACUCUUCACCUUCUCAAACAUGCCCUCCUUGUCCUUGACAAAGUUCAGAGGCUCCGCGCCUAGCUUCCUCGCCUCCUCCAGGCGGCUGUCCACGCUGUCCACGGCAAAGAGGUGCUUCGGCUUGUACUCCAGCGCGGCGAUGAUGGCGCACAGCCCGACGGGCCCGCACCCGACAACCACCACGGUCCCGUUGGCGAUCUCGUUGGCCGUCAGCCGAGUGAAGGCGUUCUUGGCGCCAAAGUAGCCCGUCGGGAAGAUGUCCGCCAUGAGCACGAGGGACUGGUCGUCGAUCUCCGGGGGUGCCUUCACUACGGUGCCGUCGGCAUUGGGCACCCGGACGUACUCGGCCUGCGCUCCGUCUCUAGUUCAAACCGUCAGCCGGGAGCCCAUCUUCCUCUCGGGCAUCAACCCUUUAGUGAGGCUAUCUCUCCAGGCUUACAGUUUUGGGCAACCGAAGAGUAGGCUUUCGACGCAGCGGGAGGAGUAGCCAUUCUCACAAUAGAAGCACUUCCCACUGUAUCAUUGCGUUAAUGGUCAGCCAGCACUCUCAUGCCCCUUAUCGUUCUAUCCUGGGUUGAACUGUUGGUCGCAUGGACUAAGGUGGAGGCGCACCAGGUAGUUGUGAAGGGAGAGACAAUCUUGUCGCCUUCCUUGACUGUCUUCACGUCCGAACCAGCCUCGACCACGACCCCAGUAAACUCGUGGCCCAUGAUGAAGCCCGUCUCGGACGCGGCAUGUCCGCGGAACGUAUGCAGCUCACUGCAUAAGAGUCAGUAUCGGCAUAUCUGAAGCCAGUCUCGACCAUGUUCUGGUGCUGGGCGACACGUACGAGCCACACAGCGCCGCCGCUUGGACCUUGACGAUGAUGUCCCCGCCAUGUUGCACUGGGCAAGUCUUGGAGUUAGCACAGACAGAAAAGAAUCACGUUCAAAAUUGACCAAUGCCUCUCUUCACAGCAUGCAACUUUGACUCAAGUAAGCUUCAACGGCCGCCCGGGUGUCGCACUCACGCUUGGGGACCGGCCGGUCCUGAAUCGACACCUUGUGAGGGCCGUCGAAAACGACGGCCUUCAUAGUUUGCUGGGCCAUUUCCGUACAGGGAGUAAUCGACGGGCGACGUGGUAGCAGUACUCCGUAGCAGGGUCGUCAAUCGAGAACCUCUAUGAGACGGUUGAGAUGUACCAGACUCGACGAGCAGCUUUUGCCCUCACUGGUCCGUAGAAAUCCGUACCUCGGCUGCCGUGUCUACCCUUCUGCGAGACGGCAUUUGUUCGACUUCUGCGGGGAAGGGUGGACAGCGGGUCCCGCUGGUGGCAGUAGCGUCACACAGCGCCGAGAACCGGCGUGGGUGUGGGGUUCGG